AUGGUGGCGCCCGUUCUCACACCAGAUGCACAAACCACGCCCUCCUCACAGCCUCAGGCGCCUGUCGUGGGCAGAGUGACCCAUCACAGCAUCGAGCUGCACUGGGACCCGGCGAGGACGGCAAAGCGCCAGGGGCCUCAGGGGCAGUGGACCCAGUUCUCCAUCGAAGAGGAGGACCCCCGGACGCACACCUACGGGGCCAUUUACAUGGGCUACGCCACCAGGCACGUCGUGGAGGGGCUGCAGCCGCGGACCCUGUACCGCUUCCGCCUGAAGGUCACCAGCCCCGCGGGGGAGUCUGCACACAGCCCGGCGGUCUCCGUGUCCACGGCCAGAGAGCCCAUGAGCAGCGAGCACCUCCAUCGGGCGGUCAACGUGAACGACGAGGAGUUGCUGUUGGGGAUCCUCCGAGGAGGCACCGUGAAGGUGGACGUUCCCAACAGGCUGGGCUUCACGGCGCUGAUGGUGGCUGCACAGAAAGGGUACACCAGGCUCGUGAAAAUCCUCAUUUCUUACGGCACUGACGUGAACCUGAGGAACGGCAGCGGCAAGGACAGGCGAACGAGGGGAGAUGGGGCAAAUACUCAUUCUCUUGUAAGUUCCCGCGAACACGUUUCAGGACCAGGAACCAGCCUGAGCUGCCCUGUGGCCUCCCAGGUGGACGCCACGGACGCUGGCUCGGGCUGGACCCCCCUCAUGAGAGUGUCCGCCGUGUCGGGGAGCGAGAGGGUCGCCUCCCUGCUGAUCGAAGCUGGCGCUGACGUGAACGUGAAGGACAAAGACGGGAAGACGCCCCUGAUGGUGGCCGUGCUGAACAAUCACGAGGAGUUGGUCCAGCUGCUGCUGGACAAAGGGGCCGACGCAAAUGUGAGAAACGAGUUUGGCAAAGGCAUCCUGGACAUGGCCAGGGUGUUCGACCGGCAGAACAUGGUCGCCCUGCUGGAGGAGAGGAGGAACCGGCAAGAGCCCAGGAAGUCGCUGUCCCUGCUGUUGGCCGGCAGGACGCCGAGUGCGGCUGCGGACCUGGAGAAGGAGAGCCUGCGCCUCUGAGGGAGACGCCGGAGUAUUUAUUUAGUUGGAGAUUCAGUGACUUUUGUAACAUACGACCGUCCCCACUUUGAAAUACACCUCUUACCUGAG